CACGUCCUCUUGAUGAAGACGACGACGUAAACAGACAUGGAGGAAUAUGCCCGAGAGCCCUGCCCCUGGAGGAUAGUGGAUGACUGUGGAGGUGCUUUCACAAUGGGUGCAAUUGGAGGAGGGGUGUUCCAGGCGGUCAAGGGCUUUCGAAAUGCCCCUGCUGGUGUUGGACACAGGCUGAAAGGGAGUGCAAAAGCAGUGAGAGUUAGAGCUCCACAGAUUGGAGUGCUAGUGUUCCUUGUCUCCGCUCCUCAGUGUCUGAGCACCCUGUGCUCGCUUCCCUCUCGUCUCCACGCUUCUCCUGCGGAAAUAGCAAAGAGGCAGCCAUAA